CACCACGGCAAGCUUGACGCUGUACAUCGGCUGCCUUGAAAUUAUGAUGGCUAUGUUGACGGCACCAGUAUUAAUCGCAGCUGUACUACUGGGGUCAACUGUUGGAAAAAAACAAUGUGACGUUUACGACACCGAUGGGUUCGAGGUGAUUCACAGAUUGCCUCACACAUAUGCAGCGUUUUCUUCGGGUGACGUUGGCUCGGAGCUUUUGUGCUCGACGGCUGACCUUACCUACUACAGCGAGGAGAAGGGAGAAGUGCAAUACACCUUGCAUGUGCCUGGCGUCGGAGGAGGAGAGAAGACUGAUGUCACUUUGGACUACAGCAAAACUGAGUUUCCAGCCGUGCUCAAUCUUGUAAUAAACAAUGACACUGCUAAUCUGUAUACAACUGAGAGCUUGUACAGUGACUUCGAUACAUGUUCCGUCUUCAAGUUACAUGGCGAAAACAAAAAAUGUGUCAUGUGGGUAGCAAGAGGCUCAGAGGAUGAGAUACCCGACCUGUGUCUUCACCAGUUCAAUUGUGCAUGUGGUCCCGCUAUUCCACUCUAUAUCCGACACAUUUGUAAGAAUACCGAAGACAGUCAAUAAAACAUUUGAAGACAUUGUUUAGUUGAUGAACUUGCUGCCAAAAGCUUUCCUGAUAUCGGAGUGUGAGGGAUUUUUUCAAGGCUGACUGCGGGGUAUUUAUCGCAAUGGCGUUGGUAAUAAACUUUGAAUGAGUGCAUA